AUGGCAUCAAAUAGUCCAGCUAUUAUGAAAUGUUUCAAUGAAUGUUCUUUAAAAGCUGGAAUUUGGUGCGAUGAGUGCAAUAAAAGUUAUUGUUUGAAAUGUAGUCAUAUUAUUCAUAAAAUACCAACUUUGAGAACACAUGAAAGGAUACCCAUUGAUAAAAGACCAUGGAAACUGAUGCGAUGCAAAAUACAUUCAGAUGAAAAUGAAAAGUACUGGUGUUAUGAAUGUAAGAAAACAGUCUGUCAUAAUUGUCAAAUAGUUGAUCACAACAACCAUAGUGUUAUAGAUAUUAUUGAUAUAGUAGAAGAUAUAGUAGAAAGGUUAAAGAAUGAACUUCAAUGUACACAAUCAUCUUUUGAAGAAACCUUUAAAAAUGUGCAACAAAUGAUCAGUUCAAGUGAACACAUUUAUAAAGAUAAAAUUACUGAAGUGUUUACAUCUAUACGUAUAUUAAUCAAUGAAUCAACUAUUGUUGAAAAAGGAGAACUACUACAAGUGAAUGAGGAAUUGACCAACAACAUUGAAGAAGUAGCUCAAAGUUUGAAACAAUUGAAACCACCCAUCAUAGAUAAAUAUAACAUCGACGGCAUCGAUGAACUAAAAGCAGCUGUUGAUGGUGUUCUCAAGCGUGUUACAAUUUCAGAGAAACAAGAAGAUCCUGUAAAAACAUCAGAAUCCAAUGGAUCAUUAAUGAAUUCUCAACUGUAUGUUAAUCAACUAAUGCCUUAUGAUUAUCUUCAACAAUUUUAUUAUCCUUCAACUAUUUCACAAUCUUCAUGGAUGCCUGUAAACAAUUCACUACCCAUCAGUUUUUCAUCAAUUCCUCUUUUUCAACCACCGAAUGAAAAUAUAAGUGAUUUUGCACAAAUAUUUUCACAAAAUGAUAAUGCUCCAGCAUGCAUACAAAGAAAUAAUAAUUUUUCAUUAAUGUCAACUGAUCAAAUAUCGACAAAUUCUACAACAUCACAAAUACCAACACUAAUAUCUAUUCAAGCAUCAAUACUACCACAACCAUUAUAUGCUAUUUGUGUUUCACAAAAUCCAACACAAAGUCUUCAAACACAAAGUCUUCAAACACAAACACUACAACAUAGAAAAGAAAAUAUUUUUUAUUUUAGAAAACAAAAAAACAAAAAUUGUUCUUCAAUUGCACAAAAUAUGAAACAAUUGAAUUCAUCUGGAUCAUCAGUAUCAAAAGAAAAACGACAGAGAAAACCAUUGACUAUUGUUGAUCCAAUAUCACAUAAACAGAUUGAAAUUUCUACACCAUCGACCAAUACAUUAUUUACAAAUAUAUCAAAUGAAACAUGUUUAAUGGAAUUGACAACUACAAAUUCAGUCAUAUCAAACAAAAAAUUACUAAUUGAUAAAAGUAAAACACAAAUUCAAUUUGAUUCUCAACUAAAAAUGCCUAAUGAAUUAUCAAAUUCUUCCAAGACUAAAACAGAUAAGAAGGAAAACAUAGUAACACAGACUAAACGUCGUAAACGAAAACGGAAACGUUCUCGAAAGUGUCAAUACGAAGAAUCAAUACUUGAAAUCAAUGAAAAAAUUAAUUCACAUCAGCUAAAAUCACAAUCAGCAAGUAUAUUAUUAGAAGAAUGUGUUACACCAUCAAUAACAACAACAACAAUACUAGUAAAUAAUGAUAGUAAUAAACUUAUAGAUAUUCAUGAUAAUUCAACGCCAUUAACAAUAUCAAAACAUCUUUCUAAUCUUAAAAAUGAUAUUAAUCAAGAUGAUCAAAAUAAAAUCGAUGAUAAUAGUAUAACUUUAAGUAAUAUUGAAUCAAUAUUGGAUAAAGUUACAGCACAAACAUAUGAUGAAUUGAAAAAAACAUUGAAAAAAUUAAAUAUUGAUUGUUAUGAAACAUUAGAAAAAAUGGUUAUGCUAUUUUAUUCGAAAGCUGUUGAUGAACUGGCAUCUAGUUUUCUAUAUACAAAUUUAUGUAAACAAUUUGCAAGAAAAACAGUUAUUAAACUAGAUGAUAAUGGUAAAAUAAAGAAAUGUUCUUUUCAUGGAAUAUUAAUAAAACAUUGUGUAAACGAAUUCAAAAAUGUUCAUAGUCAAGAAAUUGAAUUUGAAAAACAAAAUUCUGCAAGUGAUAGUGUAACAGUUGAAAAAAAUUAUACAGAAGAAACAAAAACAUCAGAAGAAGUCAUUAUUAUAGAUAAACAAAGAUACUUAAAAAAUAUUAUUUUUAUGGGUAAACUAUUUAAAUUACGUAUGUUACAUAGUAGUUAUGUAUAUAAAACUACUGCAUAUUUAUUUCGUAAUAAAACUGAUGAAGAGCAUCUCGAAUGUUUAUGGAGUCUUUUGCGUAUGAUUGGUCAAAACCUUGAUGUUGAAAGUGCUGAAAAACCUAAACACAAAUUAUGGUUGAAUAGCUACUAUAGUGACUUAGAUACUAUUGUUAAAGAACGGAAAACAUCAGCUCGUAUUUGUCGAAUGAUUCAAGAUCUUAUUGAAUUAAGACAAGCUGGAUGGGUUGGUCAUUGUGUUGACACUGAAUCAACAACAACUAACAAACUUCAUGAAGAAGAUCUUGAACAAAAACCAGAUAAUAUUGAUAGUGCCUUUAGUGAAAGUAGUCAACAACAGUAUAAUAAUGAAUGUGAUAAUUGUAGUAGUGAAAUUGAACAAAAAUCGAAUAGGAAUGAAAAUGAAGUCGAUAAUUCUUUUAAUGUUGAUAUUUUAACACAAUUACAUUCGAAUGACAAAGAAUAUCAAGAACUACUGGCAAUCAAUUUAGCUGAUCAACAUUUAUGGGAAAAAGAAUUUUUCAUUGAAAACAAACCUAAAUAA